UAUUGAAACAAUCGCUUAUAUUCGCUGUGAUAAAGUAUUUGGAACAAAGUUCACAAAACUUUAUUCAUGAAAUUUAGUUGAUCCUUACCUCUUUAUAGAUGGGAAGAUGUAGAUAAAACAGAUAAUUGUAUUAUUUAUGAAGGUAAGAAGGUCUACAGUUUGAUAUAUAUUAUCGCUUCUGUCAAUGACAGAAUGUAUAAAUGACAUUAUAUCCAAAGUAGUGUCAUACGAUAUUUAUGUGAUGAAAGGGAUUUUGAAAGAUGGCGAAAUUUGUUUUUCUGCUUUCAUUUCUUAUAUUUUUAGCUAAUAGAGGCAGGGCUGAUGAGGCAUUUGGCUGCGACGAGGGAUGGAUUAACGUCAACCAGCAAUGUUACAUGUUUAUAAACGAUAAGAAGGUCACGUGGUCUGAGGCAGAGGAAGAAUGCAACAGAUACGACUCCUCUUUGAUGUAUUUCGACAAUAUCGACGAAGUGAUCUGGUACAUAAACUAUGUCUCUGUCUACCCGGCACCAGCUUAUUGGACCAGUAUGAAUGAUAUAUCGUGGCAAGGACAGAACCAGCCUGGGACAGGACACUGGAAAUGGGGAAAAUACUCACAAGCAAAUACAACCAUCUUUCAAUGGAAUCAGUCACCAGCCAACGACGGGUAUAAUAAUUGCGGAGGUAUCAACGCCGCCGGGACGAUGUCUGACGUCGGCUGUAACUCGACACAAGGUUUCAUAUGUAACGUUGAACUGAAUGGCGGCCAAUGCCCAGAUAGCACGUGGACAAAGACGCCAACAGAUUGUUACUACGUCAGCAACACGUCUGACAUUUCCCAGUUGAUGACAUGGGAUCAAGCACGAGCAAAAUGUGCCAGCUUUGGUUCGAAUAGUCAUCUUUUAACUGUCGAUGAUGCCAAUGAUCAGACUUUCCUGCAGAAUGCGUUGCCAUAUGUAACGAUGUCCAUGUACCUAUACUGGACCGGACUCCAGUACAAAAACAACAUUUGGCAAUGGUUUAAUGGCGCUACAUUCAAUCAAAAGUUUUUUAAGUGGGCAAAAGAACCGGACAAUGUUGCCGGGAAGGAGGACUGUGUUGUCAUAAGAUAUAACGGCAAGCUAAGUGACAGAGGAUGCAACAUGCAGCAAAAUUACAUCUGUAAGAAAAGCGCAGACUAUGGCGAUAGUACAUUAAACACAGGGUGUAGUAUAUGGACACGGGCGGGUCAGAUGUGUUACAUGUUUUAUACAGAUCCCAAAUCCAGCUGGUCGGAUGCCAAGUCUACUUGUCAGAGCAUGCAGGGGGAUCUAAUCAACGUAAAAGAUCCAGAUACAAUGUCAUGGCUUAGAGUUCAGAUGUUAGACCCAACCAACGAUUAUAUAUUCUGGACAGCGCUCAAUGACAGAGACCAAGAAGGAACGUUUAAAUGGUCAGACGGUACUGUGGUCGAUUCCAACGUCAUUUCUUGGAAUGCUGAACCGAACGACUGGUGGGGAGAGGAAGAUUGUGGCAUAUUGAUUCCAUCAAGAUUUACAUACAAUGACGGAACUUGUCAAUUUCAUGCGAUCCCACUCUGUGAGGUCGAUAAUGUCCAAUCAUGUCCGUCCAAAGGUGGAUCAUGGGUCUCUAGAAAUGCUGAUAAAGGAAGUGGACUAAACUGCUACUUGUUUGGAGACUAUUCAAGUGAAAGCGUCCGGAAGACACAACCGGAAGCACUCCAAUACUGCCAAAGCCUUGCAGACUCCGGAAAUAAUGUUCCACAACUGCUGGUGGUUGAUACAGCAGCAGAAAAGCAAUUUUUGAAGGGACAAGUGUCAAAAUAUGCCGACAAUAUUUGGGGGUUUUGGACAAUGAUGACCGAUGCUGCAGAAGAGGGGUUUUGGACAUGGGGCGGCACGGCAGUUAUUGACCCAACACUCGUUGACUGGGACAAGGAACCUAGUAGUCUUACGCCCACCACUGACUGCGCCAAUGUACAGUACAAUGGCUAUUUCCAAGUUGUUGACUGUGCUUCAAAACUGGGAUUUAUAUGCGGCAGGAAAGCUUUUCAACCUUGGACCUCCAGAUCGUCAUCUACGAGGUUCUCACCUGAAUAUCAACUUACUAUCGUCUUAGUCAGUAUAACAUUACUCAUCAGGUCUGUGUGAAUAGAAAGCCGUAUUCUUUAAAAACAUUAUUAUGAACUGUUGGUGCAAUAUAAGUGGUGUAUAUUGGAUAAUAAAUGUAGAUAGUAGAAACAUUUCCAAUAAAAAAGGCCAAUAAAACAUGUUGAUAUAAAUUAUCAAACUUAAUUCUGUUUUAAUACAUAUUGGAACUCGUAGCGUGUUCACUGUCAUCCAUACCUUAUUUAUUAUCCGAAGGCGAAGGGGUAUAAAUUAGACGUUGACCCUCCGACUCUUCGCCCGUCCGUCCGUCCGCACGUGCUUGUAUCCAUGCGUUUAAAAUAGUUUCAAACUAUUAAAUUCCAACAUGAUCCAAGUAGCCAGUUAACAGAAUUUCAUUAUUUACGUAUUCAAAAAUAAAACA